AUGGAUUAUAACUGCAAUUCUGGGGAAGGAGGAUUUCAAACCGGCUUUCAGGAGAUCGAUGGAAUUAACAUGGGAUACUUAAAAAUCAACGGAAGGCAGAUGUUUGCUCUAGCUCAAGUUUUCAGCGAUUUAUUUAAAGAUAUUCCUAGGACCACCAUUAACAAAAGAAUGGAGGUUUUAAACAUUAGAAGCCGUCGCUGUGACAUCAAGGAGCUGCGGAGUCUCAAAGCUAUUCAUUCAGUCCCUGUGCGAGCAGUAACGUGCUCUCUGAUCGCCAAAGAGGACCUGGAGCUCUUGUACGCAGCAUGCCAAACCCUCAGCCCAAAGAAAAGGAAGAAGAGGCGCAAAAGCAAACCCCCGGAGUCCUCGAACAAAACAGCAACAUCGCAGGCGAUCUGCACGAGUUUUUGCAAAACUAAAACCGCCAAUGCACUUUUUGCCAAAGACACGGGAGAGCUCCAUUUCUCCAGCGCCACGCCGCGACAACGGGGUAUCUCCAAAUCAGCUCAAAAUUUCUCCAAACUGAAACGUGCCACUGGGGAUCCGCCACUCGCUUCCGUCGCCGGAGACCUUGGAAACUAUGAAAAAGUUAGCAGAGCAAGAAGCUGUUACAGACUGAAGGGCGCAGACGGGCUUUUGGUAGCGGCUGGCUCUGUGAAUUCUUACCGCUCCGCCAUUGCAGUCAGCGGGCGCAGCCGGAGCGGCGUGUCGCUGUGUCUGAAGAGCAGCUCUCGUUACGGCAGCGCAGGGCGCUGUGACAUUCAUAACGGGUACGCCGACAGCCUCAAGUCGCCGCCUUUGCUCUUGGGGGAUAAAAGCUUUCAUUUCGCCAAGCGGAAGGACAGGAGCGGCGCGGCGGAAGAGAACGGGUUUAAAAAGGUGCAUGGACUGAGCCAGAUCGCCUCCACGGGCUACUUCAGCGACUCCGAGUCCGGUUCGGAAUUGGAGAAGGAUUCCGAUUUCGGAUCCAACUUCCAGUCUACCUCAACAGAGUCCUCGGAUGAAGAAGACAGUCUGGACAGGAGGUCGGUUUUGUCUUCGAGUAGCGAGGGGGGCAGCUCGUCGGAGUCGGACUCCAGUUCGGUGUACAGCGGGGACUCCGUGCAGAGCACCCGCUACAGACAGGCAGCUCUGCCCACCGCCUCCCCUCGCUACUCGCUUCCUAACGGUCAGGAAGAGGUUAAAUCAGGAACGUGUGACACUGGCGAACGCGCUUCAACGAAACCCCCCGUAGAAGUUCAAACAGGACCCCUCUGCACUGACGUGAACCUUCUGUUGCCAAAGGACUCCGGGGUACGAUGUGCACCCUGCAGCCCCGGCUCCAAAAUCACCAACCUGGACUCUGUGGAAAAAGCGGGGAAUAAAGAAUUGCACGUAGUGCCCAGCGCUCCCCCGGCACUAACGGGGGACACGAACGGGAGGAGUUGCGACAAAGCAACACUUUGUGUUAACUGCUUGGCAAGUUGCACUCAGGGGAAUGAGCUUUCUCUGCUGCCAAAGAUCCCACCUUUAGAGCCUGAGGGGUCCUUUCUGGGCGCCGUUACACCCCUUGAAAAUGGGAACUGUGCGCACAAAGGAACCCCAAACAAUGGGUCCUCGUUAGGCCUCAGUGACCAAGCAGAGAGCCAAAUUGAGGACUUAUCCCAGGAAUCUGGCUUCCAUGAUGCGCCGCCGAGCAGCAGCAGGGCCCCCAUUCAUCCGGCUGUCCAAAACUGCACGGGACCUGGCCGCAUUUGCAUUGCGACUGAUCUCCCAGGGGACAUCAAAGAGCCUCGCCGGGAGAAGUUCGAGAGGCUUAUUAGGACAUCCAAAUUGUGGUGCUACGCAAAGGGGUUUAAUUUUGAUGGCAAAAACGUGGGCUACACAUCAUCGAUUGAUUACAGAUCUUCUUCGAGGCCCUCCGGUAGAAAGGGGUCCAAAGCUCGGCCCGGCUCUGUCGACAGGAGCUUGGUGGAUUCUUUCUUCCCCCCCUUUACCUCUCCCAGAUCGAAAGGCCGCUGUACCUUGUCAAGCAACGCUUUUAAAGUCAAUGGUUCGGAAAGGAAUUUGAAAAGGAGCCGGACUCCCAGGCGCAGCGGAGCAGAAAGGCAACAAAGGUGCUCAAAAGAGGUCUCCAAAAGAGUGAAAAACUCCAAGAAAAGCGAAAAGAAAACGGCAGCCCCUUCUUGUUAUAAACGGAAAGCCAGUGCCAGCUGCGGCGUCCCGUCCACUCCGGUGAAAAGAUCGUUCGCCUUGCUGGAUAAUUUUCCGUGUCCUCCGUCCCUCGUUGUAGGGGCCGAUGGCGACCUGUGUCCCGCAUAUUCACUUUGUUCCAAACGUUGUGUCCCGCACCAGAAGGCGGCUCCCCAUUGUCGCCUGUGGCAGCUUGGGGGCAAUGUCAUCCCUGUACCCCCAAGCCAUAAAUUCAGGGGAUAUAACUUGGAAUGGGGUGACUAG